AUGACUACAACCUACGAGUUUAUUGGAGGCGGCGGGUUUGGCCACGUUCGACUGCAACACCAUCAACAUCCUCCACUCGCGGAGAAAUUGAUCCCGAAAACGCGGAACAAGUCGUGCAUGCGAACAGCGGUGGAAAGGGAAUGCCGAGCUCUGGAACGCCUCAGACACCCAAAUAUUGUCGGUUAUUAUGGUUUUUACGAAGAAGUCAACUUUUUUGUCAUCAAGAUGGAACUCUGCAAGAGGGGCGGUUUGAAUCAGGUGUUGGCCGAUCGACGCGUCACCUAUAGUGUGAGAACGGCUCUGUGCUGGUGUGAGCAUUUGUUCUCAUCGUUGAACUACCUCAAACAGCAGCAAAUCAUCCAUCGAGAUAUCAAGCCGGCAAACGUUUUCGUCUCCAACGAAUUCCAUCUGAAAAUCGGGGAUUUCGGCUGCGUGCUUCAGUUUCACUCGCACGAACCGGAGACCUUUGUCGGCACUUUUCGAUACAUGAGCCCCGAGAUGAUCGUCUUCAGUCUCUUCACCGAAAAACACUCAAGUGCCCCAGUUGAUAGGGAAGAGUUUCGUCACUCAGAUUUCUUCGGAAUCGCUCGCGAUGACGAAAUGACGCCGAUUCAAGAGCCCGAAUGUUUCGAUGAUCUGAAAUUGUUGAUCAAGCAAUGCGUCGACUACACACCGCAGAAUCGGCCCGAGCCGGAGCAGGCAUUAGAGAUUGUGAAACAAUUGCAAAGGACGAUGCCCGUCUUCGACUUCUACGUUUUCGAGCCAAAAAUUCACGAAAACGAGGAAAUCCUCCGACGACCGCUUGGCAUCUUUGGAAAAUAUGAAGAAGAGGGUGGAUUUGUGCUCGAAACACAAAAAUCCCAUAUGAGUGCUGAAAAUCUGAAAGGAUUAACUGUACCCGAUGGGCUCUCCCUGACUCCCGAUGGAACGAAUUCUUCGAGUUCAACUGACUCUGAACUCACACAUCCAAGCAAUUCAAGUUCGGAUCCAAGUUUUGAAGUCCAUCCAGGUGAUAGGGUUCAAAAAGUAGCAAAUUUUGCGAACAAUCCAAAAGAAAUGUGUUUCCCAGCAGACAACGCUUCGCAUAAACCGCAUUUUCUCAUUCCCGGUCAACCAAGUCAAAUCCCACCGGCAAGCAAACAACAAUUCACCGCACCAGCUCCCCGACCGAGCCCCACCGCCUACCCAAGUGGCAUCUAUCAGCCGAGAUUUGACCCAAAACCCGAGCCAAAUCAAGUUCAUCAAGUUCGCCAACUUCAAAAUAUCCAACCUCCACCGACAAGCAAACAACAAUUCAUCGCACAAGCUCCUCGCCCGAACCCCACCCCGUACCCAACUGUCAUCUAUCAGCCGAGUUUUGACCCGAGACCCGAGCCAAAUCAAGUUCGUCAAGUUCAAAAUAUCCAACGUCCAUCGACAAGCUCAUAUCAAUCACCAAAUAGAUCUAUGGAGCGCAAUCAUCAACCAACUAGUCCACAAGUGCACCAAGUCCGAAACAUGUCCAACAAUCAGUCUCAUCCGGUCCCCAAUCUGCAACAAGACCCGUUUCCCCAAAAAAUCCACCAGCCCGGUUGCCGCUAUUAUCGCGAAAGUCAACAAUCCGAAAACAGCGAAGAAAAUUUUCUCGAAACACAAUCAUCCGAUGAUCUCGAUGAUCAGGAUUCCGAUUCAGAAAGCCCAAACGAUUUGAGCCGUCUGUUGAGAAGACAAAUCGAGAAUGGGCAAGCGAGACAAGAUUCUUUCUUUCAACAACCUCAAACGAAUCUCACCCAUCCACCAACUCGCUAUCCGCAGCAUUUACUCGACUCACUCAAUCGAAUCCCAUCCAGGCAAAUGCAAAACCAAGAACACGAUGGGCUUAUCCAAAAAUUGACCCUAGGGCUUCAAAAUCUCAUGAGCUACUUCAACGAGGACCAGGAUCAGCAUUUCCUACAGUACACAAAUCGUGAACAACAUCGAAACCGUUGCGCUAAACGAAAUCGAAAAUUUCUCAGUCAAAGAGCCCAACUCUUCAGCAUUCUAUCCAAGCGCUUAUCCGAGAUGAAACAAAUCGAAAACGGCUACACAUUCAGUCUCAGCAAUCCGCCCGAUUUCAAAAAGUUUGCCACAAACGAGGAGAGGGCUUUCCUCGAAGAAGUCACCAAUUGUGUACAAGAUUGCCUCGAGCUUCGAGAAUAUCAACACUAUAUGGUUGAUCGAAUUUUGUUCAUCGAAGCCUUGUACGAGCUCUUUCAGACAGUGCUCAUCGGUUUGUACCGGGUGAAUAAAUGUCAGGCUCGUCUCAAUCCACAAUGGAUUCAAAAUAUGUUAACUAGAUGUGAUUUGCUUGAUCUAGAACAAAUCGUUCAUUGUAAGGGUUUCAACUUUCGAACAGCCGCCGACCGGUGUAGUCGAAUUUUCUACGUCUUACAGGAAAACUUUAUCGAUCAGGGUCGAGAAAAGUGCAUCUUGAUGCAGGAUGAUUUCAAGAUUGGAGACCCAUUUGUCGAACAAUUUCGCCUCUUACAGCCUAUUCCAUCACAACCCAUUACCCUAUCGAAGAUUCGCGCACUUCUACAAACUUGCUCAACCUUGAAUUUUCUUUUA